AUGAAGCCAUGGUCACAGUGCAACAGCAUGCUCCCCCUCAGUGGCCAUCCCCCCGACCGCCCCAACCGUAAACGCACGGCAUCCGAGCACCAGCUCCUCGCCGGCUCACCACAGGACUCUGACGUAGAGCAGGGCAAGCAGAAGAUGAAGCUGGCGCCUCUCACACGGACUUUACUCCUCUCUCUCGGCUGCUCACUCUUGGGUCUCGGCGGACCUGUCUCGGGAGCUGACCAGAUGAAGUAUCCUGGCCGGAAACCUCCGUCCCCCUCUGACUUCCUGGACAAGCUCAUGGGAAGAACCUCAGGCUAUGAUGCUCGCAUCAGACCAAACUUCAAAGGUCCUCCUGUUAACGUCACCUGCAACAUCUUCAUAAACAGCUUUGGGUCCAUCACAGAAACUACAAUGGACUAUCGCUUGAACGUGUUCCUGCGGCAGCAGUGGAAUGACCCUCGGCUGGCCUACAAAGAGUACCCAGACGACUCCCUGGACCUGGACCCCUCUAUGCUGGACUCCAUCUGGAAGCCUGAUCUUUUCUUUGCCAACGAGAAGGGGGCCAACUUCCAUGAGGUCACCACUGACAACAAGCUGCUGCGUAUCUUUCAGAAUGGAAACGUCUUGUACAGCAUCAGGUUAACUCUAAUCCUGUCCUGUCCAAUGGAUCUAAAGAACUUCCCUAUGGAUAUCCAGACGUGCACCAUGCAGCUUGAGAGUUUUGGCUACACCAUGAAUGAUCUCAUAUUCCAGUGGCUGGAUGAGGGUCCAGUGCAAGUGACAGAUGACCUGGUGCUACCCCAGUUUGUGCUCAAAGAGGAGAAGGACUUAGGCUACUGCACCAAGUACUAUAACACAGGAAAAUUCACUUGCAUCGAGGUGAAGUUUCACCUGGAGCGCCAGAUGGGUUAUUACCUGAUCCAGAUGUACAUCCCCAGCCUCCUCACGGUCAUCCUCUCCUGGGUCUCCUUCUGGAUCAACAUGGACGCCGCACCUGCCAGAGUAGGCCUGGGCAUUACCACCGUGCUCACCAUGACAACACAAAGCUCUGGCUCCAGAGCUUCACUUCCCAAGGUGUCCUACGUGAAGGCCAUAGACAUCUGGAUGGCAGUCUGCCUGCUCUUCGUGUUCGCCGCUCUGCUGGAGUACGCCGCUGUCAACUUCGUCUCCCGGCAACACAAAGAGUUCUUCAGACUCAGGAGGAAGCUGAAAGAGGAGCAGCGUCUCAGAGAGGCGAGUGCAGCAAACUCGAAAGCGAAGAGCAACAAUGGCCUGCAGGGAAACAACCCUUCUAACAAGGGAUGCCAGAAGCACUGCAGUGCCUGUGCACGGGAAGAGCAGCUGGGUCAGGAGAAUCAGCCCUUCUACCUCAACGCGUUUGGCACGGAGCCGUGCAUGAUUGGGGGAGAUGGGCCCCUGUCGGAGACGGCGGCCAUGUACGCAGCCCUGCCCCCUGGACACUCGCUCUUUGAAAUACGCAGGCGUUUCAUUGAGCGGGCGAAGCGCAUUGACACCAUCUCCCGAGCAGUCUUUCCACUGAGCUUCCUACUUUUCAAUGUGCUCUACUGGUUCACUUAUAAAGUGCUCCGUCACGAGGACGUGCAUGCAUCGGGAUGA